AUUUUUUAGCACAUUAGAUCAUUUAGAACCACAAGCUCCUGCAAAUAUUCAAAAAAUUGCAGUUGAAAAUUUAAUUGAAAGAAUCUUAAAAAACGAUGCAAAUUUGUUCAAAGUUGUUAUUGAAACAAAUUUCAAAUUUCAAGGGAAAGAUAUGUUCAAGUUUUAGAUAUUAUCAAAAUGUGUGCACAGCUGGGUACAGUUCUGCAUGGUGGCAAUGGAGUCAGUGGGAAAAAAAUAUCGAUUGGAUGGCACUUAAUGGUAUAAAUUUGGCUCUUGCUUUUCAUGCUCAAGAAGCGAUUUGGGAAAAAGUAUAUAUGAAAUUCAAUUUAACUAAAGAAGAGGCUCGCUUACACUUUGGUGGCCCCGCAUUUUUACCUUGGUCAAGAAUGGGUAAUAUUCAAGGUUGGGGUGGUCCGCUCUCCGAUUCUUGGCAUACCCAUACCAUUGAAUUGCAGCAUUUAAUAUUAAAUCGUAUGAGAGAAUUGGGAAUUAUUCCUGUACUGCCCGCAUUUGCUGGACAUGUGCCUAGAGACUUUAUUCGCAUUUUCCCCAACGCUCAUGUAAUAAAUAUCAAACAAUGGAACAAUUUUGAAGACGAAUAUUGUUGCCCAUACAUGCUCGAUCCAACUGAUCCCCUUUUUCAAACUGUAGGACAAGAUUUUCUAAAAAUGUACAUUGACGAAUUCGGUACAAGCAACAUAUAUAACUGCGAUUCUUUCAACGAAAAUGAUCCUCAUCGAGGUGAUCCUGAAUAUCUAAGUAAUACUGGAAAAGCAAUUUUUAAAGCUAUGAGCAGUGUUGAUCCAAACGCAAUUUGGCUAAUGCAGGGUUGGCUAUUCGUGCACAGUGCUGAUUUUUGGACUAUGGAACGAGUUAAAGCUUUCGUAACAUCUGUUCCAAUUGGAAGAAUGAUAGUCCUUGAUCUUCAGUCGGAGCAGUUUCCGCAGUACGAAAAGUUUCAGUCCUACUUUGGCCAACCUUUCAUUUGGUGUAUGCUUCACAACUUUGGUGGUACUCUUGGAAUGUUCGGGUCAUCUGGAAUUAUAAAUGAAAGAGUAUUUGCGGCAAGACAAAUAAAUGGCAGUACGAUGAUUGGCACAGGCCUUACUCCAGAGGGAAUUAAUCAAAAUUAUGUGAUAUAUGAUUUGAUGAGUGAAAUGUCGUAUCGUCAGAAGCCGGUCGAUAUAAACGCAUGGUUUGUAAAUUAUGCUGUAAGGCGAUAUGGCUUUGCCAAUGACUGCAUUAAAAUUGCCUGGCAGAAAUUAGGAAAUACAAUUUAUAAUUACAGUGGUGUAGCCAAUAUCAGAGGACAAUAUGUUAUAACAAAGCGUCCGAGUCUUCACAUUAAACCAUGGUAUUGGUAUGAUUUAAAAUCAUUUCUUUUAAUAUGGGGUAAUUUUAUCAAAGCAGACAACGAAACAACAAGAAGCAAUUUAUUUAAACACGAUAUUGUUGACAUUACAAGACAAGCGUUACAACUUACAGCAGAUUUUAUAUACAAUGACAUUAAGGAAGGAUAUAAGCUUAAAAAUAUUACACAUUUACAGUCGGCAUCCUUGCAGCUUCUCGAACUGUAUAACGAUCUCGAAGAGAUUCUCUCCUCGUGCAAGGAUUUUCUACUAGGCGUUUGGCUAAAUGAUGCGAGGAUCCUUGCUCCCACGGAUGACGAGCAACUGCUGGAGAAUUACGAGUUUAAUGCACGAAAUCAGAUAACCCUGUGGGGCCCGAAUGGUGAAAUUGUCGAUUAUGCGAAUAAACAGUGGUCCGGUGUCGUACACGACUACUUUCGUCCAAGAUGGGUGAUAUUUUUGAAGGAGCUGGAAAAUGCAGUGAAUAAUCAUAAUGAGAUCAAUGAGCGUCGAAUUCGUCAAAUGAUUUUCAAUGAGGUUGAACUACCUUUUAGCUACUCAAGGAAGCUCUAUCCGACCGAAGCAAAGGGUGAUAGUAUUCAAAUUGCAAUCAAAUUAUACAACAAAUGGCAGAAAAUAUGGAAAAACAAUGUUUAAAUAUCAAUUGAAGCUCGCUAUAAUCAUAUAGAAGAACGAUUAAACGAAAGUUAAAUAUUCGUGUGUCUAGCAAUGUAUGUAAUACUCGUGAUAAAUUUAAUUAUUUACUUAAUAUUGAAUUUUUCUACGCUAUAAUUUAACUGUUUAUAUAACGUGUAUAUUUUACCAAGUGAAUUAAAAAAUAUGAAUGUUGAAUU